AUGUUGGUUCUGGUUCUGGUUCUGAUCGUUGUGCUUCAGUUUGAAGUAAAGGAUGAGUUCACAGUAAAGUGUUCCCUGGAGAGAUACAGUGGGUUGGAUGUUUGUCCAGAGAACAGUUUCCGCUGGUUGGAUGAUACAGGAACUGAACUGACUGAAGGUGUUAGUUUCGACGUAAGAGGACCGAGACUCUGUGUUUCCUCUCUAACUGUGAAGGAUGAGAGCGACAGAGGCUACACCUGCCAGUUUGUUGAAGGAAACAGUAUGAAAAUUGAAGUAAACUACGCACCACUUACCUUUAAAGCAGAAAACAGAGAAAGAAUCCAGAUCUACCACAGAGCAGGAGAUGAAGCUGUUCUGCCCUGUAACAGAUCUUCAUCAUUCAACUCAUGCUCCUCUGUUGACUGGCUUUAUGAGAGAAAUGAAGACAUGAACAAGGAACAGGAAGUUCAGAGAGGAAUCGUUCAGAGUUCAUCUCGUUCUGCCAGGCUGAGUUUGGACAGAAACUGUUCUCUGAUCAUCAACAACAUCAAUGCUGAGGAUGCUGGACUUUACACCUGUCAGCCUGAAGAUGGAAGCAGUUAUGAAACAGAUGUGUAUCUAAACAUGCUGAUCAUCUCUUCAUAUCUACCAGCUAUUAAUCCAACAAAGAAUGAAGUGAUCACAUUAUUCUGUUAUAUGGUGAGAUCCGGGUGGUUCAGUUCUUGUCCAGAUAAAAGUCUCCUCUGGGUGAACGAAACAGGAAGUGAACUGACUAGUGAAGGUGAUGGAUAUAAAUCUGGAGGACAGAUUGGUUGUGUUUCUCUUCUGACUGUGAAUCUUCAGAGCAGCAGAAGAUUCACCUGCCAGUUUGUUGAAGGAAACGAAGUGAAGAUAGAAGCUCACUAUGGAUCUGAAGGCCCCCCCGCCUCGUCUCCUCUGAGCUUCAUCAUGUUGACUCUGAAGAUCACAGGACUGAUCCUGAUGGUUGGAAUCACUGUUGGUAUCAUCAGAACCAGAGGGAGAAAAAAGCCUCAGAAAGACAUUAAUGUUCGUUUUGCUGUUGAUGACGACACAGUGACCUUUGAAAAUGAUGGAGAACGUUCUGCUGCCGCCGCGCUCCACUGAGCUUCAUCACAGCCAUGAAGAUUCAUUAAAAAAGCUUUAUUUUAACUGUAAUUCAAUCCAAAAGGAUAUUUUGCAUUGAGUUAACUGCAUAUGUAAUUUUAAUUGUGUUAAAUUCAGUGUUAAUUAAAAACACCGUAGAUAAGAUAAAAGCUGAUUGUUUAGUCUAGAAUAG